AUGCACCCCAUCACCAAACUUCUCCAAACCGCUGGACCAACUUACCGAUGGUCGACUCCAAGAUCACUGCUGGUCGUCAAGGAGAUGAAAACAUACAAGGCUUCAGACCCAGCAGAUGGCCCUGCCUUGCUGGCAGCAUUGGGCCUCUCGAUGCAGGGACUACCCACACCAGGACUAUCCAGUGCUCACCCGAGGAACAAUGUGGAUAUCCCCACUUUCGUGACCAGAGAAGAAAGAAGCCCUGCAACCUGA